CGAGGUUUGGAAGUUCAUCUUUAGUGGUCUGGUGUUCCGCUGUGUUUCGAUAGAGGGAGUUGGCUAGCUCUAGUACAGUGCCAUGCUCCAUUCCACCAUACCCUGUCAUUUAGACGAUUGUGGGAUGGCUAAGGUACAAAGUAACCAUUAGAAUGUGAAUGUACGGGAGGGGACACCUCAGUUGGAUAGUAUGCACGUUGCGCUGGGAACAAUAGGCUGCUGUGUAGUCCUGGCCCUGUAUAGGCUGGUUAGUAUACUGUACAUAUAUUAAAGUCAGCCUUCUGGGAAAGUUCCACAACUUGUUUCCUUUAGUAUUAGUAUUUCAGUGCCCGAAGACUUGAGUCACACGAAAUCACACCUGUGCCAGUUUAAAGGCGUCAGUCAAUCUACUUGUAAGUUUGAUUUUAUUUUCGCCGUUGUUUCUUCACUCGAGUAUUGCCAAUCUCUGUUUUUGCCUCGUAAUUGUUUUGAAGCGCAAAACUGGGUUGUUGGCAAUUAGCUACGUUUCGAAAUAGCCCUCAUUUCAAGCUAUUGAGCUUUUGGCUCCGUCGCUGAGGUACAAGAAUAGACCCAUCGAGCCUGCCUUGAGGUCAGAGCUGACAGCUACCUGUUAGUUGCCAUAUCAACCCACCUUCAAUCAUCCCCAAACCUGCUGUCAACCCCUCAGGUGGAGAGGCUGGCCCACAGCCAAUCAUGAGCAUGGGUGGGUCUAACAGGAGAGUGAGAGCCACAGACACGAGAGAGAGUGAGAGAAAUACAGUGAAAAGCACAGAGUUGAGAUUGUAGGAGGGAUUCAGAGAAACAGAUCAGCCAGAGAGGGAGAGAGAGAGAGUCUGCAGGGAUUCAUACAGAGAGAGAGACUGAGAGAGUGAAAAGGAGAGGCAGAGUGGGUGUGUGUGCUAACGAGCCAAGGUCUUUUCAGAGCUAAACAUAGCGAGGUUGGCAGCAGUGUCAGUGUACAGUAGAUGUGACUCGUAUUUGCCAGCGCUGUUUGAGGCCAGCAACUCUUCUCGCUAUGCAUAUUCUACACUCGCACUGCGUCAUAAGGUGGAUCGAUGGCCCGAAAAGGAAAAGAAAGAACAGUUCAUGCUCGGUGAAGAGCAUGUCUGAAAUGAAUGGAUACGGACAGACUGGGUCAGAGAGUACAGGGUACAUCCCCAGCUACCUGGAGAAGGAUGAACCGUGCGUGGUGUGUGGAGACAAGGCCACUGGCUACCACUACCGCUGCAUCACCUGUGAGGGCUGCAAGGGUUUCUUUCGGCGAACAAUUCAGAAGAACCUCCACCCCGCCUACUCCUGUAAGUACGAUGGCUGCUGCAUCAUCGACAAGAUCACCCGCAACCAGUGCCAGCUGUGCCGCUUCAAGAAGUGCAUCGCAGUGGGCAUGGCCAUGGACCUCGUCCUGGACGACUCUAAGCGGGUGGCCAAGCGGCGUCUGAUCGAGGAGAACCGGGAGAAGAGGAAGAAGGAGGAGAUGGUGAAGACUCUACAGAACCGGCCGGAGCCCACCGGCUCAGAGUGGGAGCUGAUCCGCAUGCUGACCGAGGCCCACCGUCACACCAACGCACAGGGCUCCCACUGGAAACAGAAACGCAAGUUCCUGCCGGAGGACAUAGGUCAGUCUCCCGUGGCCCCCACGUCGGACGGAGACAAGGUGGACCUGGAGGCCUUCAGUGAGUUCACCAAGAUUAUCACCCCCGCCAUCACCCGCGUCGUCGACUUUGCCAAAAAACUUCCCAUGUUCUCGGGGCUGCCUUGUGAGGACCAGAUCAUCCUAUUGAAAGGCUGCUGUAUGGAGAUCAUGUCGCUACGCGCCGCCGUGCGUUACGACGCAGAGAGCGAGACGCUGACCCUGAGCGGCGAGAUGGCGGUCAAGCGGGAGCAGCUGAAGAACGGCGGCUUGGGCGUGGUGUCGGACGCCAUCUUCGACCUGGGCAAGAGCCUGGCGCAGUUCAAUCUGGACGACACGGAGGUGGCGCUGCUGCAGGCUGUGCUGCUCAUGAGCUCAGACCGCUCGGGCCUCACGAGCAGCGACAAGAUCGAGAAGUGCCAGGAGACCUACCUGCUGGCGUUUGAACACUACAUCAACUACCGCAAACACAACAUUCCCCACUUCUGGCCAAAGCUGCUGAUGAAGGUGACGGACCUGCGUAUGAUCGGGGCGUGCCACGCCAGCCGGUUCCUCCACAUGAAGGUGGAGUGCCCAACUGAACUUUUCCCCCCGCUCUUCCUGGAGGUCUUCGAGGACCAGGAAGUGUGAGUGGCGCCCCCCCUGCCGAAUAGUAGUGGGGCGACUUGGGAAAGGAAUGGCAGUUUUUCUGGAGCGGGGAAGGGUUAUGACAGGACUUGUGUUUCUCCGACAUUUACGUGGUAAACAACAAACAACAGGCAACAACCACACACCAGCAGCAGGAGUCAAACAAACAAAGAUUUUUGCUUUUAACCAACCACCUCUUCAUACCCGUUUUGGGGAAUCAGUUUGGCGGCCCUCCCUGUCUGAGCAGUCUUAUCCAGUGGGAGUUGCAUCCCUUUGCCAAGGCACGCGCACGCACACACACUCUGGGUCCCUUCCCAGAUCCCUAUUGGAGGCACCUCAUUUGUCACUCGCCACUAGAUGGUGGUCUUCACAGCUUUGCACCUGUUUGACAUGAUAGCAACCAUGUUUUCAACGGGUCCGCUAAUUUCAGUCUCAGAAUUAGUGUAAAACAAUAAUUCAGGAGACGCUGUCACACACAAACAGAGGUCCUGAGCGUGUGCCGUAUAGCGCCUACCGUAGAGCAAAGCGACCAGUACCUACUAUCACCUCCCAAUGCAACUGAGCCAUGCACGUGAUCGUGUUUGAAACAAGUCAGGUGCUAUAUUUAUAAGUCUCCUUUAUUUGUCUGAAAUGUGUAAAACUACAGACCAUGGCUCCGUAUCUACCUUCAGUUCUGUCAUUAGGCCGGUUCCUGUGACACACACACACACUGGGCAGACCUAGUCAUUGCCUGUGCUGCUGGUGCCAGCAGUAGACCCUCUUAUGAAUGACAAUUGAGCCCUUCUCUCUCCAAGGAAAGUCAUCGCAGUGAAGGAAAGAGGGGAAGAUGGAAGGGGGCCCACUGACGGGAGAGUUCUCAGAGGAGUAAGAGUGAAAGAGAAGAGGGGAGGAUUAGGAUGAGAGAGAGAGAGUUAAAUCGCUGGCAAGUAGAUUCAGUGGCUGGAGACUGAACAAUAUCCAUAUAGACCCCUGUCUGAAUAGCAGUGAACAAGGCAGGCAACUCAUGUCUCUCACACACACACACACACACACACACACACAUCCUCACCUCAGAAACUCAAAUGCCAUGUUUACUGUGCACAUUGCAGUGAUGUAGCCCUGACCUGCAGGGUAAAUUAGUCCAAGUCUGCGCCUGUGUGACUCAGCUCAGUAUGGCCCCUCCAAGCUUCCAUACUCAGUUGUUAGUGUAGCGGUCACUGAGAAAGGGCAAGGUCAAUGACGUCUGCCAUUUACCUCAAAGUGGGCACACCUUCAAGGCUGGGGCGCCGCCAUUGCUCCUGUGCCAACAGGCUCUACCUCACCUCUGGACACAGGGCAGCAGUCUCCAGCCUCUUCACCCACCCAUCUACCCCCCCCCACACACACACACACACACACACACACACACACACACACACACACACACACACACACACACACACACACACACACACACACACACACACACACACACACGAGGAUACUCAACAAACACACAUAGGUGCAUGUGCCUGGGUGGAAACUCAUAGGCACACAUACAUUAAGACGAAUCCGUCAAACACACAAUCUCAGUACUACCACUCAGUUGAAAUGAAAUACCACUGAAGACAGGAGGGCCUGCCCUUCCCUAUGGGGAUCUCAUUGGUUUCACUGACUUCGCUCCUCUUUUUCGGGGGAACGGUAACCAUGACGUUCGGCUUUUCUCUUUUUUUUUUGUUAUGCGGGACCAAGUGUCACUAUUCGAAUUUGGAGUCCCUUAUUUUUUCCGUUCAGUUGAAACAGAAGCCAAUCAAUCAGACGGCGGAGGAAAUUGCAUGUACAGUCCGGCCGUCGCCCUGGAAGAGGACUGGCGGGAGGAGCGAUACACCGCGAGCGAGCGGUGAACCACAAGGUGACCAGGCCGUAGACGGGGCGGGUUUAGCACUGUUGAAGGGGGAAAAAAGUUCAGAGACAACCGAUUUUGAUUGAACACUAAGCAGUAGCUUGUGAACGACUGAACGAGGUGGCGGGAGGGAUGAACGGAUGGAUGCGUUUCAGCAUUCCCGGGAGCAUGUGGAGGAAUGCGUGAGGACAUGGAGCCGAGCGGUGAGUGGGAUCAGGAUGGCGGAUACUCAUAGCAGAAGGCCAAGCCUAACUGCAGCAACCUCAACCGCCGUAGGUGGAAUCAACCCGAAAUCGACUGUUACCGGACUUCAGAGCACUCUAGUGGAGCAGCCAGAGCCCCCUCACACUACUGCAGUAGUACCAACCCCUCUCUCCACCCUCAUCAGCAACUAUACAACCCCUACUCCUCAAACCUAGCCCCAAGUCAUUUGUCAGGCAUGCCCCCUCCUCUGAAAGUCCUGGCCUACUCUGUAUAACAUAGGCCACUGGGACAGGGCUCCCAACCAACCGUGUCACAUUUUCAGUAUUAAACCAACAGCCCUCCUCCCCAACCCUCAUCCACUCCUGGCUGGAGAUGUCCCUGGGUGAGGGAGGGAUGGUCCGGGGUCUGUUUGUCACUCAUACACUCUCCUCUCAGCAUUGGUCUCCAAGUCUACCCAGAUCCAGCCCCAGUACAUACUCCUUCCCCUGCCCAACCACCCAUUCACCCAACUCAAUGUUAGAAGGCCAACGGUAGGUCUGAAAAAUGUACACCCAAACUGAAUCCAUGCCUCUCCCUUGUGAGACAAGGCUGGCCAUAACCGCUCACUUAGAGCGGCGUUAGCGAAUGAAUGUGAACGGCAAAGCAGCAGUGGGAGCGAGUGAACGAGAGAGCGUAAGGGAGUGGGACAGAAAGAAGGUGGGGGCAUCAGCCCUUCCUUCCGUCCUUCGUAUGGCGUGGGUUCGAGGGGGAUCGUCGCCCGUUGUCAAAGCACCGUUAUGAACUCAGAGGACGGGGAGAUGAUCAGGUGGUCUCCCCCUUAACGCCCUCAUUGAGACAUGAGUCCCCACCUUCGGCUCUCCGUAAAGGAGAGCCACCAACUUUCACAUGGAGACGAUCGGCAACAGAAACAGAACCACCAUUCAAUGGAUGCGGGUAUGAAACUCCAAGCUUCGUUGACAAAGAACCAGUGUAAAUGACAGAAAAAAAAGGUCCUUAGUUCUUGUGAGCCUAUUGGGUGUGUGUGUGAAAUGGUUGGUUGAAAUGCUGCUUUUACCUUCGGAGUUGAAUUUCUAUUGAGAAAGAAAUAUAUGAUGAUAACGAUUAUGAACCCAGAAAAGUGAAAUGAGACAAAUGUGACUUUAAAAAGGCUCCUGAACAAAAGUUAAACGCUUGGAGAUCUUUUUCCCGUCAUUUUAUCUCAAAUUUUUUUUUUAAUAAUGUUUAUGUAUUUUUUUUGUUACGCUUAAACUGCUUUGCGUAAAAAAGAAAAAAAGAACAGCCGUGGUCACUUUUUGACCAUGCGUGCAGCGUAACGUAGACAUUUCACAUCACCUAUAGUUUGUGUUGAUAAGCCAACUCUUCUGUUGUCUGUGCAUCUGUCUGAUUGUCCGUCCCUUUUUUCAGGAGGAAUUUUCAACAAACAAAAAACAGGAAUAUUCUUUUUAUAUAUAUAUAUAUAUAUGUUGUUUCCUUUUUUUAUGAAAGAAGACUUUGAAAAAAAAAAUCACAAACAGGAAAAAAGAAUGCAACCGAAACUGAAACACAAUCUUCUCAUACCUCGCAUAACACAAAACUCAAAACGGAACUUGGGAGGAGUGAUGAUUCACAGGCACAUGUGGAAGUGCGUAAAUGCAUUAAAAAGAGAACAUUGAGGUAUAUAUGUGCUUGUGGCGUGUACGCAUCUGUAGCGAUUACAAAAAGACUCAACCACAAGCCUUGGCGCUCGCUACCUAUUCAAUUGGUUCUAGGAAGAUUGUGGACACGACAUAAGUAAAGUCUCGCACCAUCAACAGGUGCUGAAAUGGAUUGCUGGCAGUUGGCCCCUCCCAGGUGUAUCCACCACCAUAGAUAGUGAAGUCAAAUGUGAAUGGCCUAGAGCUUGGGGGGUGGGAAGGGGGGUGUCUUUUGUAAUGGCUGAGUGCUCUAUGGUAUUGAAUGUAGCUGAUAGGACGGGGCUGGAUCUGAGCCCGGUACCCACAACCUCACUUCCGCUCACCAGCAGAAUGGACAGUGGUGUCACAGACGUUACACGCAAACAAACUGAGAAUAUUGCCCAUCUGCAAGGUACAAUAUAUACAGUAUGUUUUUUUGUAAAUACUUUUAUUUUAGUUUUUUAUUCUUUUUUGUUUUAUUUUGGCCACAACCAAGGAUGUAAAUACAAAAAAAUGAAAUAUGAAAAACCAGUAUAUGUAAAAACAUAUGCAACACUCACAAACUGGAUGUUGAGGCUUGAGCACCAACUUGCCGGCACCUGCGUCCCACCAUCUUGUAAAAUAAGCGGGGGGGGGGGGGGGUGCGAUGUAUAUUAACGCUUCAUACUGUACUUGUGUGCUUGUGUGUGCACUCUCACACGCGCAUGUCGAUCCGUAUUCAGAAGUGGCCCCGUGACAUUAAGCAUCCCUGUGCCUCCUAUUCUUUGCAAAGAGAUAGCUAGCCAUCCCUACAUUAUGUCAGGGCCACAACUCUAAGCGCUAUACAGUCAAGGCUAUACAGUGUGUGUCCACCAACAGACUGGUCUCUCCAGGCUAACGACGGGAAUGGGUAGCAGCCACAGUAGACAGAGGAUGUGAAGGUGUAGUGGAUAUUGCCCGUUUAGAAGGGGAGGGGGGAUGGCAAGACUUCGCUAAAAGAAAAAUCAGUCAAUAUUCCCAAUAUGAAAGCUACGCCUAAACCACAGCUUGCCUGGCUACUGCCCGCUACAUCUUAAUUUGGGAUAGCCCAUUUAAUGGAAUCCCCCAACAACCCUGUCCUUUCAUCAGCAGUCACAGCAUGGUUCAGUCCAACAGGCUGAAACAUGGUGAGAGGGGGGAGAUUGUCUGUGAUGUUUAGUUGUUUUUUUGGGGGGGGGGGGGG